GACCCCAUGAAAGACUUCUACUUCCGUUUCGAUGCUCGUGUGGCUAUUUCUAAUUCUGCUACCCUUCAGCACGCUACUGCAUUAACACAUGGACGUGACAGUCGUUGGAAGUUGCAUGACUGAUUUAGUCAGCUAUGCUCCAAGACAACCCAAACCAGGGGAGACUAUCCAUGGCACCAAAUUUCAGAUUGGCUUUGGUGGCAAGGGAGCUAACCAGUGUGUGAUGGCCGCCAAGCUGGGAGCCAAGACAGCCAUGGUUGCAAAGGUUGGAGAUGAUAGCUUUGGAAAAAAUUAUAUUCAGAAUUUUAAAGACAACAACAUUGAUAUUGGUCAUGUCGGGGUGACUGCAGACGCAUCAACAGGAGUAGCACCUAUCACAGUCAGCGACGAUGGUCAAAACUCCAUAGUGAUCGUUGCCGGUGCGAACAUGUUGUUGAGUGACAGAGACGUUGCAGCGGCGGAGCAUCUGAUCAUGACAAGCAAGGUGAUUCUGUGUCAGCUGGAGAUCCCAGUCCAGUCAACUCUCACUGCUCUGCACAUCGCCAGGAAACGUGGAGUUAAAAGCAUCUUCAAUCCCGCCCCUGCUCAGGAGAGCCUUCCGACAGAGCUGUACUCAGACUGUGACAUCUUCUGUGCCAAUGAAACUGAGGCAGAGAUUCUCACUGGCCAGAAGGUGUCCAGUAUAGAGGAAGCCAAGGCAGCAGUGCUUGCUCUGCUAGACAAGGGAUGUAACUCUGUUGUCCUUACGCUAGGGGAACUGGGUUCCCUGUAUGUAUCACAGUCAGAGCGAGACCCUCACGUUGUACCCUGCCCUAAAGUGACUCCUGUGGACACAACAGGAGCAGGGGAUGCCUUCCUUGGAGCCUUGGCCUUCUACCUUGCCUUGUACCCCAACAUGACCAUCAUUGAGGCCCUGACUCGCUCCAGUCGUCUGGCAGCCAUCAGUGUACAAGCUAUGGGCACACAAACCAGCUUCCCCAGCAGGAAGGAGCUGCCAUCAGAGCUGUUCCAGUGAUAGUCUUUACCAGAGUCAUACAAACUACAUUACAUUCGAUGAUUGGACAUAUGAAGUUUUGUUUGUA